AUGGCGUCUGCUCAGGCUCAACAGAUCAAUGUUGCGGAUUUGGAUUUACCUCAGCUGGCGGAGGUUCGGAAGCAACUUGAAGAGGAACUUAAUUUGCUCUCCAAUUCCUUCACGCAGCUGAGGCAGGCUCAGGCCAAAUUCAAGGCCUGUAUUGAGAACGUCCGUCAAGUGAGCCCCAAGAACAAGGACAAGACGGUGCUGGUACCAUUGACGAAUUCGCUUUAUGUCCCUGGCAAACUUUGCGACCUCGAGAACGUCAUUGUAGACAUCGGAACUGGUUACUAUGUGAAGAAGUCGCGUGCACAGGCUUGGAAGCACUAUGAAUCGAAGGUGAACUACAUCCAAACGAAUCUUGAGUCCCUGCAAGAAACAAUACAGAAGAAGCAGGACAACAUGAAUUUUUUGCUCAACAUCAUGCAAUCCAAACUGCAGGCACAAGCGUCGGGAAAGGACUCGUCGAAGUAA